UUGUCUUCACUUCAAUAUCAUCAAUCAUCAAUGGAUCAUUUUUCUUUUUUGCAGCUAAACUCAAAAGCAUUGUCCUUUUUGUGUAUCUUAUGUGCUUUAUCAGCAAUCCGCCGCGGCACCGCAUUUGAGUUCAAGGUCGGUGGCGGCGCCGGUAGCUGGGCUGUCCCGUCGGAUCCGAAGGCCGCAGUGUAUAAUCAGUGGGCAGAGAAGAACCGGUUCCAAAUCGACGACACCUUACUGUUCGUGUACGACGCCGGGCACGACUCCGUCCUGCAUGUCACCAACGACGACUACGCAAGCUGCAACAAGGCAGCUCCGCUCGAGAAGUUCAUCGAUGGCCACACCGUGUUCAAGCUCAACCAGUCGGGGCCAUUCUACUUCAUAAGCGGGAACGGCGACAACUGCCGCAAGAACCAGAAGCUGGUGGUGGUGGUCAUGGCUGACAGAGGCAAGCAUAAAUCCGAUGAAGUUGUCUUCCCCCCUCCUCCGGCGCCAUCCCUGGAAAUUCCGCCGCCGUCUCCUGCCACCACCGGUGCCGUACCUCCAUCCCUGGAAAUUCCGCCGCCGUCUCCUGCCACCACUGGUGCCGUACCUCCUCCUCCGGCCCCUGCGCCUUUCGGGGAGGCUCCGCCAUCGGAGACAACUCCGGCUCCUUCACAGGAGUCUUCGCCUCCAACGAACACAGCUGCGUCGAGUGUCGUCGAUGGUGUCGGGAUCAUCGCAGGCUUCAUCGGAUCGACGAUUGUUUUGGCCCUUUGAGUUGGGAAAUACUAUGUCUUUUUUUCUUCUCUUUUGGUUUCUGAGAAGUGUGCUUCUGUAGAGAUUUGUGUGUGUAUUGAUCUAUUUGAUGAACAUGUAAGUGGAAAUAAAUUGUUGUGUGAGGAUGAUUUGGUUCACUGUACAUUUCAGGCUACAAGAAAAUAAACAAACACUUACAACACAGACAUUAUUUUUUCUGCCCAAGAAUUAGAAUCAUGUCUUCUUCACAGAGUUACGGUAUCUUUAAUUUGCCAGGCUGCAAUAGGGUCUGUAAAUUUCAGUAAUUAGCAAGUCAGUGAAACUAGAUUAAAAAAAAAAAAAAAAAAAAAAACAAAAACAAACAAACAAA